AACACUAGUGUCUUCAGUGAAAAUAUGUAUAUUUUUUGAAAUUUGUGAACGAAAAUCAAAACAAAAUGAGUAAUCGCAAAGAAUACUUUAUUGCGGCAAUACCAAUGAUGGAGCAGUGCAAAUUGGAUCGGCCUAAAAAAUCGGGAACUGUUCAAAAAAUAUAUGAUGCCAUAUUUGCAAGUUCGAGCUCUUCCUCUGAAGACUCUGACGCCGAAAAUGCCGAAAAUCAAAAACGUACCUCAUCGCCUAACUUUGAAGCUACUCUCGAUGCAUUGAGCGACAUGGACUUCAAAUUGAAAAUGGGGCUGAAACGUGAAACAGUGGAAUAUCUUAUAACACAGUACUCGUUAUCAAAAUUUGUGCCUGAUGCGUUUGGCGGCGGAAGAUCACGGGUGGCACCCAAGAAAGCAGUUUACAUGUAUAUUUGGUUCAUACGAGAUGACAGCGUGACAUUUUGGCAGCUGGCGGAGAUGUUUGUGAUAUCCACAUCGUCUGUGUGGACAACAGUGAAACGAGUUACUGACUUCGUGCUAUCGAUUAGCAAUGAAUAUAUUAGGUGGCCAGAAGGCGCUUACUUGCACAGUAAUACUGAGAAGUUUCGUCUGAAAAAACGCAUUCCUGACGUGAUUGGAGCUGUAGAUUGUAUGCACAUCGUUAUUAAAUGCCCGAAAAACCAAAAGGAAAUGUACAUUAAUCGGGAAAAAGCGUACAGCAUAGUGCUGCAAGCUGUAGUUGAUGCUGAUAAAAAGUUCGUUGAUAUAACUUGUGGUGAGCCUGGGUCACUUGAUGAUUACACAGUUUUGAAAAGAUCGAAACUCUAUCAUGAUGCCGAAAGAUAUUAUGAAGAAAUGUUCUUAAAUAACUACUUUCUUAUCGGAGACGCGGCAUAUCCGUCGACGCAAUGGUUGGUGCCACCAUUUAAAGAGUCGGAAAAUUUAACUGAAAGUCAACGGAAAUUCAACGAAAUACAUAAUUCGACACGAAUGGUGGUGGAAGAUGCGUUUGGCCUCUUGAAAAUACGUUUCCCAAGGCUGGCGAACUUUACAGAAGCCAAGGAUUUGAUGAUGAUUACUAAUAUCGUGGUCAGUGCAUGUAUUUUACAUAAUAUUUGCAUUAACUUUGGCGAUUCGUGCGACGUAAAGGUAGAAAAUGAAGCGAACGAAGUGGACCCCUUUGUACUUGAUGACGAUGAAAUUGAGGAUGCAAAUCUGGAUGUAGCUCUUGAUAGAAGACAAACCCUUUUCAAUUAUUUAAGACAACAAAAUAUUAUUUAAAAUAAGUGUAUUAUGUAUUUGUAAGUCCUGCUGGGAACUAGUUUUAUAUUAUAUUAUUGAAUAACUUUUUGCCUCGUAAAAAUGAUGUAUUUUAAAUUUAAAAAAAGUCAC